ACACACCGGAGAGCAUUGUGGGUAAGAGGAAGGCGGUCCUCGGCCUCCCACGUGGCCGCCGGCUGAGGGAAACCAACAUGGCGGCUGCUGCUGCUGCUGGCUGAGCCUCAGCUCUCCUCCCCAUCGGAGCCUCAGCCAGCUCUAGGCAAUACUCCAAGUCCAUUUUUCUUUCGAUGCUACUAUGGCAAAUGAAGAAGAUGACCCAAUUAUACAGGAGAUUGACGUGUACCUGGCCAAAAGUCUGUCCGAGAAACUCUAUCUGUUCCAGUAUCCCAUUCGUCCGGCAUCGAUGACAUACGAUGAAGUUACUCACUUGUCAGCCAAGAUAAAACCGAAGCAGCAAAAGGUUGAGCUGGAAAUGGCUAUUGACACCUUGAAUCCCAAUUACUGUCGCAGCAAAGGGGAACAAAUUGCGCUCAACGUCGACGGCACCUGUACAGAUGAAACAAACACGUAUUCCUCGAAGUUGAUGGACAAGCAAACUUUCUGCUCUUCGCAAACCACCAGUAACAUUUCACGAUACGCUGCUGCUAUCUACAGGAAAGGUGAACUCCACCUUACACCACUGCAUGGAAUCUUGCAAAUGAGGCCCAGUUUCACUUAUUUGGACAAAGCAGAUGCUAAAUACCGGGAAAGAGAAGCUGCUAAUGAACCUGGCGAUUCUUCUCAAGAUGAAGCCGAAGAAGAUGUCAAGCAGAUUACGGUAAGGUUCUCCCGCCCGGAGUCAGAGCAGGCACGCCAGCGACGAGUUCAGUCUUACGAAUUCUUGCAGAAAAGACAAGCUGAGGAGCAUUGGGUCCACCUCCAUUAUUACGGUUUAAAGGACAGCCGCUCGGAACAUGAACGCCAGUAUUUGUUUAGUCAAGGUCAUGGCAUAGCUGGAAAUACCGAAUUAAUUAAAUCCCCAAGUGAAUACCUGAUGAUGCUAGUACCGCCAAGUGUGGAAGAGGAGAAGGACAAACCUGUGGCUCCUAGCAACGUCCUCUCCAUGGCUCAGCUGAGAACUCUGCCCCUUGCUGAUCAAAUCAAGAUCUUAAUGAAAAAUGUGAAAGUCAUUGCGUUUGCAAACCUGAUGAGCCUCUUGGCUUCUGGGACGGAUCCCACAGCAGCCUUGCGUUGCAUCCAGCAGGUGGCGCUGUUGGUGCAGGGAAACUGGGUGGUGAAAAGCGAUGUCCUGUACCCAAAGGACACCUCCAGCCCACACAGCGGAGUCCCAGCAGAAGUUCUUUGCCGUGGAAGAGAUUUUGUUAUGUGGAAGUUCACAAAAGACCGCUGGGUGGUCCGGAAAGAAGUUGCAACUGUAACAAAACUUGGCCCAGAAGAUGUGAAGGACUUCUUGGAGCACAUGUCAUUCCUGAGGAUAAACAGAGGCUGGGAAUUCAAGCUCCAGUAUGACGAGGAUUUUGUCAGAAAGCAUCCGGACGUGGUCCAGAGGCAGCAGAUGCUCUGGAUGGGGAUCCAGGCCAAGUUAGAGAAGGUAUACAACCUGGCAAAAGAACACAUGGCGCCAAAGAAACAGGCUGCUCAAACUGCUGCUCCGUUGCUGGUUUCCGGAGAACAGAGGGUCAACCUGGCCAUCGCAAAAGUUAAGCAGAGCUACGGGCAACUGGAGCAAGACUUGCAGAAGCGGAAGGCCGAGAGCCAAGCCUUCUGUCAGAUGGACGUUCUUGGGGUCCGCAUAAAGGAGGAGCCCCUUAGCGAUGAGGAGCCAAUGGACACAUCGGCCUGCGAUGGCCUGAAUAACGGACUGGCCAACGGUAUCCAUUUGGAAGAGAACUCAGUGGACUCCUUAAACGGCCAUUUGCCAGUUCAGGAGAGGGUCACCCAAGAACUGAGAGCCUUUUUGGUGGCAACGUUUAGGAGACAGUAUGUCUUAACCCUGAAUGAGCUGAAGCGCUUGUUUAAUCUCCACGUGGCCAGCCUUCCUCCUGGGAACCUCUUGUUUAGCGGCAUUUCAGACAAAACGUUGCAGGACAUGGUGUUGGACCUGGGCUGCAAGCAAAUCAUGGUGCCUUUUCCUCCGCAGACGGCUGCAUUACCGGAUGAACAAAAGGUCUUUGCACUAUGGGAAGUCGGUGACAUGUUUGACCAGCACAGGCAAAUUUUGCUUGAUAUUUUUUCCAAAAACUACAGAGUGCGUAGAAAUGUCAUCCAAAAUCGGCUUGCCCAGGAAUAUGGAGACGGCAUCGAUAAGCAGGAGGUGGAUAAAGUCUUGAAGGACUGUUGUGUAAGCCAGGGAGGCAUGUGGUAUCUUAAAGGGACAGUGCAACAGCCAGCGUCAUGACAAAGGGGGGACUGUGCUUAUCAUCACAUCAGGUUAAUUCCCAAGACUAGAGAGAGACAAGAACGAAGCAGGCAAAAAAGCCACAUCGAGGCUCUGAUUCCCCUUUGUAUGGGGCAGAACUGGUUUCGCUCUGGAUGGAGGAAACGAUGGACCUAGUGAUAUCUGUGUGGCAUCUGAAAUGCCAGCCUUGAACGCGAAGAGGAACUGCGGACCUACAUGGCCUGUUAGAAGUGUUUGGAGUUCCUAAUAUAUUUUGCUUCUCAUUCUGAUAACAGCAAUGACAGAAACAUACUGACCCACAUGUUAUAGGAGAUCAUGAUCUAACAUUUUAUUUUGUAACUAACGCCAAUAAAUUGCAAGUUUACACUUCAA